GUUGGUCACGUGAAUAAAGCUUACUUCUCUGAUUCUGCGAUCUGUUUAGAAUAUGAUAGAUGUACCAGAAAUGGUAGCGUCAUAUGAACCGGCAUACAUAGUGUAUCUCCGGCUUCGUUACUAUUGCUCUGGACCUGGUUUACACGGUUCUACCCGGAUAAAACCGUUUCUGAGAAUCUCUGCCUUCGGGUGUGGGUUGUCACGUGACCUGCACGCGGCCCCCGGUCGUUGGGGAAAGAUGGCGACGGUCGGGUAGAAAGCGGCGGAUCGAGAGAGCAGCGGCGGCGGCCUCCAAGCCUUAGUGCUAAAGCCUCGAAAGUUGAGCAAAAUGGACCCUGGACAGGACUUGCUACUUGCUGCCCUGAGUGAGAGUGGGAUCAGUCCAAAUGAUCUGUUUGACAUCAGCGGAGUGGAUGCAGCUCAACCUGCUACGGUGCAACAGGAGUCUGUUCCAAUAAGUGCCCUGGAUAUCGGUGUGGGGACAGAGACAGUUGGAGUGGUGAGGCAGGAUCCUGCUGUUUCUUCCGUGGUCCCCACUCCCACAGUCACAGUUAGGAAACCUCAGCCAUCGACCACCACGUUUGUCCUGAACCAGUUGAAUCAGCUCCCCUCACUGGGAACUAUAGUUGUGACCAAGCCUUCUGCUGGCAGCAGUGCCACAUCCAGACAGACUAUAACAGUGGCUAAGUUGGUCCAUACCACCCCCACUACGCGAGCUAACCCCACCACGACCAUGUGUGAGGUGGUCCAACCAACCAAAGACCAGAUCCAGCUGAAAGACUUACUGAAGACAAGCAGCUUGGAAGAGCUUAUGAAGCUGAAACCACCUCCUAAUAUUGCCCAGCCAGUCGCAACAGCUACCACUGAUUUAAACAAUGGGUUGAAGAAGGAGGUGACCAGUAAAGACGUGGCAAGGAUCUGGGUCAACGAUGAUGUUAAAAUGAGGAGCUUUUCUCCCACAAACAAGGUACAGGGAAUUAAAGAGGAGGAUGAGCCUGAGGAAGAGGAGGAGGAAGAGCUGGCUCAUGCUGAGACGUAUGCUGAGUACAUGCCUAUGAAAUUGAAAAUAGGCCUACGGCAUCCUGAUCCCGUUGUGGAGACGAGCUCGCUAUCCAGUGUUUCCCCACCUGAUGUGUGGUACCGCCUCUCCAUCCCAGAGGAGACCAUAGACCGAGGAUGGCUGUCAGCUCUACAGCUGGAGGCCAUCACCUAUGCUGCCCAGCAACAUGAGACAUUCCUUCCAAACGGAGACAGAGCAGCAUACUUGAUAGGAGAUGGUGCUGGAGUCGGGAAGGGGAGGACCAUUGCUGGGAUCAUAUAUGAAAACUACCUCCUUGGCAGGAAGAGGUCACUGUGGUUUAGUGUGUCUAAUGAUUUAAAGUAUGAUGCUGAGCGGGAUCUACGAGAUAUUGGAGCAAAAAACAUCCAAGUCCAUUCUCUGAACAAGUUUAAAUAUGGAAAAAUAUCAUCCAAGCACAAUGGAAGUGUGAAGAAAGGAGUGAUCUUUGCAACAUAUUCCUCCCUCAUUGGAGAAAGCCAGUCUGGGGGAAAGUACAAGACUAGGUUCAAACAGUUACUCCAUUGGUGUGGGUCAGACUUUGAUGGAGUCAUUGUGUUUGAUGAAUGUCACAAGGCAAAGAAUGUUUGUCCUAUUGGGUCAUCCAAACCCACCAAGACUGGCUUGGCAGUACUGGAAUUGCAGAACAAUUUGCCAAAAGCACGAGUGGUGUAUGCCAGUGCCACAGGUGCUUCAGAGCCUCGGAACAUGGCCUACAUGAAUCGCCUGGGUAUCUGGGGGGAGGGGACCCCAUUCAAAGAAUUCAGCAAUUUCAUCCAAGCUGUGGAGCGCAGGGGAGUGGGUGCCAUGGAGAUUGUUGCCAUGGAUAUGAAGCUGCGAGGAAUGUACAUCGCUAGGCAGCUGAGCUUUGCUGGGGUGACUUUCAAGAUUGAAGAAGUCCCUUUGACAGAUGACUACAUCAGGAUGUAUAAUAAGGCUGUUCGACUGUGGGUAAGUGCACGUGAAAAGUUCCAGCAGGCAGCCAACCUUAUGGAUGCAGAGCAGCGCAUGAAGAAGUCAAUGUGGGGCCAGUUCUGGUCAGCCCACCAGCGCUUCUUCAAGUACCUGUGCAUUGCUUCCAAGGUCCGCAGAGUUGUCCAGCUUGCACGGGAAGAGGUCAAAAAUGGAAAGUGUGUGGUCAUAGGACUCCAGUCAACAGGAGAAGCUCGGACACUGGAAGCUCUGGAGGAGGGUGGUGGUGAACUCAAUGACUUUGUGUCUACAGCCAAGGGUGUGAUGCAGUCUCUGGUGGAGAAGCACUUUCCUGCCCCUGACAGGCAGAAACUCUUCAGUUUGCUUGGCAUUGAUCUGUCUGCCAAGAAAACGCCUUCGCCCAACGAUAGUGCUGCCACGGACCAAAAGGGAAAGAAGCGGAAAGGCCAAGAUGGAAGGAAGAGUAUGAAGAAGCCGCGUAUUUCAGGUGGACUUUCUGGAAGUAGCUCUGAAGAAAGCGGCAGUGACUCUGAGCCUUCAGAAAAGGAUGCAGACAGUGAUGACAACAGCUUCAAGUCUGUCAGCUCAGGGGAUGAAGAUGACUUCAACCCUUUCAGGGAUGAGUCUAGUGAGGAUGAGGAAGACGACCCUUGGCUGAUAAGAAAAGAACAUAAGAAAAACAAAGAAAAAGAAAGCAAGAAGAAGAAAAGUAUUGAUCCAGACUCCAUUCAAAGUGCCUUGUUGGCUUCUGGUCUGGGCUCAACAAGACCUGCAUUCACUGCCCCUGUUAGUAAAACUGUGUCCAGUUCUGCACCCACCAAUGCCAAGAAGGAAAGCGAGACCAGUAGCUGUGUUACAAGCCAGGAUGCAGUGGAGGUUGCUCAGCAGAUGAAGCGUAAGCUGCUGGAGGAUUUAGAGGAACUGGCAGAACAUUUGCCACCAAAUACUCUUGACGAGCUUAUUGAUGAGUUGGGGGGGCCUGACAGCGUAGCAGAGAUGACUGGACGCAAAGGCAGGGUGGUCAGCAAUGAUGAUGGCAGCAUUUCUUAUGAGUCUCGUUCUGAACUGGAUGUCCCUGUAGAAAUCCUUAAUCUAACUGAGAAGCAGAGGUUCAUGGAAGGAGAAAAGAACAUCGCCAUAAUUUCUGAAGCGGCCAGCUCCGGUAUAUCUCUGCAAGCAGACCGUAGAGUUAAGAACCAACGGAGGAGGGUGCACAUGACCUUGGAGUUGCCAUGGAGUGCAGACAGAGCCAUUCAGCAGUUUGGUAGGACACACAGGUCCAACCAGGUCACAGCCCCAGAGUAUGUUUUCCUUAUCUCUGAGCUUGCUGGGGAGCAGCGCUUUGCCUCCAUUGUUGCCAAAAGGCUGGAAAGCCUGGGUGCUCUUACACAUGGAGACAGGCGAGCCACAGAAACCAGAGACCUCAGCCGAUUCAAUUUCGACAACAAGUAUGGAAGAAAUGCUCUUGAGAUUGUGAUGAAGUCUAUUGUGAACCUUGACACACCCCUGGUCUCUCCACCUGCCAACUUUGAGGGUGACUUCUUCAAAGAGAUCCGUCAUGGAUUAAUUGGUGUUGGACUUAUAAAUGUAGAAGAUCGUUCAGGAAUCCUCACUUUAGACAAAGAUUACAACAACAUUGGUAAAUUCCUUAACCGUAUUUUGGGCAUGGAGGUCCAGCAGCAGAAUGCACUUUUCCAGUACUUCUCGGACACACUAACGGCUGUCAUUCAGAAUGCCAAGAAGAACGGGAGAUAUGAUAUGGGAAUUCUUGAUCUGGGAUCAGGUGACGAGAAAGUGAAAAAAAUAGACUCCAAGAAGUUUUUAACCCCUGGAUACUCGACUUCGGGACAUGUGGAAUUGUCCACGGUGAGCGUAGAAAGGGGCAUGUCUUGGGAAGAUGUCACCCACAUUUGGGCAGAACAAAGUGGACCAGAUGAUGGUUUUUAUGUACAGGUUAGAAACAACAAGAAGACAGCCAUAUUGGUGAAGGAAGUCAAUACCAAAAAGAGGCUUUUCCUGGUGUACAGGCCAAACACUGGGAAGCAACUCAAACUGGAGACUUAUGCAGAUAUUCGCAAGAAGUGGAAAAAAGUUCUUUCAGAGGAGGCCAAGCAACACUGGGUAGACCAAUAUAGUUCCUCAGCUGAUACCUGCUCUCAUGCUUACUGGCGAGGGAACUGUAAGAAGGCCUCUGUGGGCCUUCAGUGUGAUGUGGGUCUUCGCUGUAGGACGUACUAUGUGCUAUGUGGCUCUGUGCUCAGUGUCUGGACAAAGGUUGAAGGAGUUCUCGCCUCUGUCAGUGGAACCAACGUGAAAAUGCAGAUUGUGCGAUUAAGAACAGAGGACGGACAACGAAUUGUUGGUCUGAUCAUCCCAUCGAACUGCACAGCUCCACUUAUCAACAUCCUGUCCUCAUCUGACCAGUCUCAGCAACUAGCGGUGCGGCAACAGCAGAUGUGGCAGCAGCUGCACCCUCAGAGUAUCAACCAUUUUUCCAAGACAUAGCGACCCAUCUGGUGUUACCAUGCCCCCUGUGCCGUGCUCACACCUUCAGCAUUCUUGUCCAAAGAUUACUCCUAGGAGAAAUCCACUGAAUGCCUCGCACUUCAGGCCCGUGCUGAUGACACUUGUGUGAAGGAAGAGAUGGGAGGAAACAUGUAGGAGGUAGAACACUUUGUGGGUUUCUUUCUGCUUUCCUCCCUCCCCUAGUCCCCUGUAUAAUAAAUAAGCUUCCAUUUUAUGACAAUUGGUUCCCUUCAGUUCUGACGUGCUCAGACUUUGAUUCCUUUGAAAGACACAGUACAAUGCUCAGGGGUUAGUUUGACAAAUCACUUUUUAAAAAAAAAAAAUAAAAAAAUUGCGCCGAAAGUAUAAGCUUAGAGCGUGUGCUGGGAGCACACAUUUCAGAAGCAUGGCACUGCUACUUUAGCACACUGUACACACAUGCAUCAUCUGUUUCAUUGCUAGGAUCUUUCCUGGCCAUCCAGCCGGCAUCAUAUGUAUCCACGGGAUUUCCUCCAGUACUGGAGUUUGUAAACCUGUGAUCUUGCAUGAGUUGAACUUUUUUUUAAAAGUUCAUUUUCGUCUUAUAUUAAACAACCAACUGCAGUGUUCAUGUUAAGUGGUCAGUAUGUCAGAUGAGGGUCUAAUGUGUACCCCUUUCUUCCCCCUGCAAAAUUCAGUCCUUACGAGGUGAAAUUUUCAACUGGAAUGUCAUUGUUGUCAUGGCCUUUAACAUUUGGCAGUGGCAUAAUCUUUUUACUUUUCUAUGUCCAUGUCUAUUUUGCUUGAUGCAUUUCAUGUUUGAGCAACGGACUUUCUUAAUAUCUUAAUUUAGAUGAUGUAAAUGUCAGUAUAGGAUAGACUGAUGCAGGAAUGAUGUGGUAAUGUUUAAAAAAAAAAAAAAAAAAAAAAAACUGUAUAGUGGCAUAUCUUUUCCCCCUUUUGCUUAAAAUGGAUGUUUAUAACAUUGGAGGGCAAUGUAAUUUCAUGCUUGCACGAGUUGCACUACUGAUUUGUUGUACAAAGAAUUUAAAUCUGUUCAAAUGCAGGAUAUUUAAGUCUUGCACAUGACCAAUAAAUCUUGAACAAAAUCA